UCAACGCAAAGUACUGAGCUUGGUUAAACAAAUAAUGUGAUGUAGGAAGGGGUGAUUUGCAUAAAGCAACUGUAUGGGUUGCUUGUUAUAGGGCUGUACUGUAAAUGUCCUAUGGUUUUCCAGAUUUGUUUUUCUAGCUCAGAGUCUGAGCCCGACGUUAGCAAAUUAAGUACCGGCACGCGCUUUUCAGUUGUGUCCUUUGUCAACGCUGAAGUGUUUUUAUAUCUCGGUUUUUAAGCUGUUCAGAUCUCUUAGUUACUUUACUUAGGAUGAACGUGGCUAAACAUGGAUAUAGGGUGUUCUCCGCGAGCUCUUCACACCUGUGCUUUGAGUUAACGAAAAGGAUCACUGAACGUCUUGGAGCUGAGCUUGGGAAAGCUGUGGUGUACCAGGACUCAAACGGAGAAACAAAGGUUGAGAUCCAGGAAUCUGUUCGUGGCCAGGAUGUCUUUAUCAUUCAAACUAUUGCCAGAGAUGUAAACACAGCUAUCAUGGAAUUAUUAAUAAUGGCAUAUGGUUUGAAGACAUCCUGUGCACAAAAUAUUAUUGGAGUUAUUCCUUACUUUCCAUAUAGUAAGCAGUGCAAAAUGAGAAAAAGGGGCUCCAUCGUCUGCAAGCUUUUAGCUUCUAUGUUAGCAAAAGCAGGUCUAACACACCUGAUUACCAUGGAUCUCCAUCAGAAAGAAAUACAGGGCUUCUUCGACUUCCCUGUGGACAACCUCCGAGCUUCUCCUUUUCUCAUUCAGUAUAUACAGGAAGAAAUUCCAGACUACAGAAAUGCAGUUAUUAUAGCCAGGUCUCCGGCUUCUGCUAAAAGAGCACAGUCCUACGCAGAAAGACUCCGUUUAGGAUUAGCAGUCAUACAUGGAGAAGCACAGUGCUCAGAAUCUGACAUGGCUGAUGGCCGGCACUCACCUCCUCUGUCACGGACAGCACACUCUGGUCUGGAGCUUCCAGUGAUGAUGGCCAAAGAGAAACCACCUAUAACUGUUGUUGGGGACGUUGGAGGAAGGAUCGCCAUUAUAGUGGACGAUAUGAUUGAUGAUGUUGACGUGUUUAUUCAAGCAGCAGAAAUUCUAAAAGAGAGAGGAGCAUAUAAGAUAUACAUCAUGGCUACUCAUGGUAUCCUAUCAGCUGAUGCACCACGUUUAAUCGAAGAAUCUGUCAUAGAUGAGGUUGUGGUUACAAACACUGUCCCACAUGAAGUUCAGAAGCUUCGUUGUCCCAAAAUAAAAACAGUUGAUGUCAGCAUAAUCCUCUCAGAAGCAAUCCGACGAAUUCAUAAUGGAGAGUCCAUGGCUUACUUGUUUCGUAAUAUUGCCUUGGAUGAUUAACUGUCUUUCUCCAUGCCAGAGUUUCCAGUACUACAAAUGAAUGAAUAAAAUAUGCUACAUUGCUGUGUUGCAACAGCAAUAUGUGGGUGGUUUUGUUUACAGUUUGAAGGGAUUGCCCAUGUGAAUUUCUGAGAGUUAAAAUAAUUGAACUCUUAACACCUCCAUGUGUUUACCAAGUUUUAUUAACAAGUAAUGUUGCCAUUUGAUUUUUUUCUGUGGCUGACCAUAAUUUGUUUCAUAAGAUCUACAGGACAAAUGUGGAAUAUGAAACUGUACUGAGGCUGAAUCAGCUUUUAGCAAUACUUCUGUUUUCAUUUCCUAAGGAAAAAUAUUUUUCCGACCAGCUGGUAUAUAAUGCUUAAAUCCAACUAUCAGGGAUUAUUAGCAGUUUUCAUUCAUCUGCUAUAUGCGUGUAUGUUUUACAUAUGAGAAGUAGAUUAUAGUACAUUUAUCAUUAACCCAGUGAGGGUGUUCUAGGUAGACAUGUAGGGACAAAAACAUGUUUCCUACUGUAGACACCAUCAGUGUUAAAAAAAAAAAAAAAAAAAAAGUACCUCUACCAGUGUAAUAAGGAAUCUGUCCCAUAGUUCCUUUGGUCACUGUGCAUAACAUCUAUUUUAGAAGUCAUAAUUCACCCCCUACCCCCAUCAGUUUGUGUUUAAGUAUACCUUCUGUAGCUUGGGUUUCUUAAACUAGCACAACACUUAAGAAACUUAAGCAGCACUGCAACUUGUUUCCAUGAAGUAAAUUUUCUCUGAAAGGAAAAAAUAUAUGCUGUUUACAUUUCUUUAACAGAAGUGUCAGCAUAAACUUUCCACCUUGCUCUCUGUUUCACUAAUGUGUUUACCCAAAGUUGCAUAACAUUCAUUCAUUUCCCAUUUCAUCCUCUUCAGGGAUGUGGGGCAGCCAGAGCCUGUCCCAUCAGGCAAUGGAUGUAAGGUAGAGGAACAGUCCUGGAUGGCUAGAGGGUCUUUUGCAGGAUUUCUGUAUCUUUUUUUUUUUUACUAACCUGUGAACCAAGAUGUUGAAUUCUGAAAUGUUUGCAUUUUCUUGUACCUUGUAGUGCCUACCAUGGAAAAAGAAACACUGUGAUGUGUUAUUGAAAUUUUGUGCUGGAAUCACUCCUGCUUUAGGAAGCUUUAUAUGUCACUGUCAUGGUGCCCCCUACCCAAACUCAUGUCCUUGUCUUUCCCCAGGUUUGGCCCAUAGUCAUCCUUUGUAGUCUCUAGUAGUAGUCCAUGUACUUGCAGCUAGGGGCCGUUGAACCCCGCUGAUGAUAUUUGAUAUUCUGGCUGAUCUGCAGUGUAACAGAGCUGUAGAUAGGUCGUUUGGAACCCUAGGCAGUCCCAAACUGGCACCCCUUGCAACACAAAGUGAAAGACCAAAGAGAAAGGUUUUCCACAAUUGAAUCAGCAACCAGAACUGCUAAAAUGAAGCCUGGCACAAGUAACUGUUGUUCAGCAUUACCAUUUGUACUCCCCUUCCCCUUGAAAGUUUGUGCCUUACGCCCACCAUAAUUAACAAUACUGUAGUGUGGGAUCAUAAAUAGUCUCCUUUUCCUCACCAGUGAUCCCUGUGAGCAUGUGUGUUAUGACCUGUUAGUGACACUAUUACUUUUUAAAAUGAUAUUUGGAGGAUCUGCCAUCAUUUAUCAUUUAUUUUAAGAAGCAGUACAGCAUGUAUGGCUACUGUAUUCUCACUGGCCUUAAAGAUCAUCACAGCUGCUAAUCAUAGCUUUCCGUACAGUGAGGAGAAGCUGUUGUUAAGGCAUUUUUUCUUCAAUACUAAUAGCCCUGUAGUGUCUUAAAACCAUUUCCAACACCAUGUCAGUGUUAUGAAGAGAAACCUCUUGAUUCAAGAGGUGGACUGUACUUGUAACUGCAUUUCUAACUUACAAACCAUAAAUGUAUGCUCAUUUGAGUUAGAAUUAUUUUUUAAAGAAAUUGCCUUUAAUUGUGGCUUUCUUUAAGGUCAUUAAAUGUAAGUUUUGGCAUAAGACUCAAUAUUUAUGAAAAACUGCAUCUUUAGAAACAAUAAAUGCAUGUCUUUAUGUUCAUUGAUCUAACUACUUCAUGACAGUUGGUAUUGAUCUAGUGGGCAGGGAAGGAGUUAAGGGCUUACAGAACUAAACAUUAAAACUAACUUGGUAUGAAAAAGAUUUAAAAUUGUAAUGACAAAGACUGGCUCACGUGUUACACUGCCAAACCUUUUUGGACUGCUUUGAAUGUCUUGUAGAGAUAAUCUGGAUUCCGUAUGUAAUUGCUGUGUAAUCCUUGUCCAUCUGUAUGUUAUGUAACAGCAGUUAUCACUCAGCUUGUAAGAGUUUAAUAAAUUGAUGGCACUUUUAUUCCAUGUGCACUUUUUGAGAUGGAAGUUUUAUUUCGUAAGUGCAGCACUUCAUUUUAGCCCUGACUGAAGUAGUCUCUCUAUUAACUCUGUUUAAUAGUAUAGCAAGGGAGUUACUGCAUUAUUGCCAAUGUCCUUUCUCGAUAUAUGCAUGGUUUAAUAUUGUCUUGUGCAUGGUUCUUUCCUACCAGCAUCUUGUAAUAGUUAGAGACUAUUGUUUUGUUCACUGAUUAAAAAUAAUUAUGUGGUCAGCUGUAUGUUGUUGCAGUAAGUUAGCUCUACAUUUUAUGUAUUGGAGUGGACAGUGUAUGUUUUAAGACAGGUGAUACAGAGUUUAACAUAGUUUUACUGUAUGUGAAAAUGAAAAGUCAGAUAAGUAAAGAUUUCCACAUAGCCAGCAUCAUUAGUGUAGAUUGUAGCUAUAGCCACAAGCUUUCCAGAUAGCUAGCAUUAUUAGUGUAGAUUGUAGCUAGCCACAAGCAUUGCAGGUAACCAGCAUCAUUAGUAUAGAGUGUAGCUAGCCACAAGUAUUGCAGAUAACCAGCAUCAUUAUUGUCGAUGGUAGCUAGCCACUCUUCUUGAAAAAGAACAAACCAAAGCACAGCUGCUCUGGUGCAGUUAAGGUGGGAAUGACUGUGCUUUAUUUGUAGCUCAAGUCAAUUAAAAACACUGUGAUGUGACUUUGGUGGGAUAAUCAAGAGCCUUUGUCAGCAGCUGAUGUUUCGCAGUGUAGUGUUUCUUUCAUUUGCCCAUCUUUCCUGUCCAGUUAAUCUUCUAGCACUGUGCCUUGUAGCAGUUUGCUACACGUUUCCACAUACAAGUAAGUCAGAAAGGCUGCUGAGACAAAUGUUCCUUAUAUGCCUUCACAGAUAUUAUACCCAUGGACUCCAUCGAGGGUCAGUACUAUAGCAGCCAGAUCUUCACCUUCUGAACAUGAAUAAUAGAAAAGAACACUGACUAAACACUCUGUCUCCCUAUCCCUAGAUGGCCAUCUCAAGCCAGGCUUACUUGCAAAACUUGUGUUAUUAGCAGUGUUGUUAGUCAUCAUGUCUUACUCUGGUGGAUCAGUUGUAAUAUUUUCCAAGUAUCAGAAAGCUGUUUUAACCUGUUGUUGGAUGUAGAAUUGGAUGCUGUGACUGAGGUGUCACAUGGUAGAUUGGGCCUCAAUGCAGCAGGUGUUAGAAUACCUUUGGUGCACUAAUCAUAGUCUGUGUGACAGCAAGGCUUAGAGAUGUGCUUUGCAAAUUAAAAUUAGUGACAGAAACAAGGGGACAGGCACUUCCUCCUAUGCAUAACAGGGCUCACUUAUGCUCAUAACUUGUGAUAAAUCCAUGGCAGUUGCACUAUAACUGCAUCGUAUUUUUUUUUUUUUUAAAUCAUGGGAUACUUUGUUCUGAAACGUCAGUUUUAUUUUUAGCUUGUUCUGAUCUCUGCCCUUGACACUGGGAAAUAGGUACUUGGUGCCUUUUAAACGUGUAUUUAUUACCAUGACUUUCUACAAAGCCUUAAAAUUCAUAGAAAUUACCAUUAGAAUAUUUUAACGUAAAGAAGUAUUAAAAAUAUGUAAUUAAAGUUAUCUUGGACACAGCUGAGAAUGUACGUGUUAUUCACUGACAGAUUGUGUUUGUUCCCUGACACCAGUGUAAAGCAGGUAUUUCCAGUGCAGGAAUAAAUAAUAAAUGUCCAUUCAAUUGGCCAUCUUAUUUCUAAGUCAUUGUUGCUUAUUUCCUAUGAAACCAAAUCUUGGUGUGUGUAAACUGAACACUGUAUUUUGAAAACAAGCCUUAUUAGUAUGUGUAAGUCAUAUUUACGUAUAUAUUUACUAUUCUCAUAUCAUUUUGUCUUAGAUUUGUAGUACCACAAAUGCCUAGAGAAUCCUGUUGAAAAGAACACAGUAUGUAUAUGUGAAGCUGUUUGCACAUGUGCUGUUUUACUUCUGUGCAUAUACUUAAGGAGCCAUGAGAACUUUUUCACAAAAUUUUAGCUAGCUGCUGUUAUUGCUCUGCAGACUAAUAUCAUAGCCCUCAUCACCACAACUCUGCCUUUAACCACAGGCUGCAGUGUCCCGUUAGACGGAGAGGACAUUAUAUAGGGACUUGGAGUAAGCUGCAAAUGUAGAGUGGUGUAGAAUGACCAGUAAUGUAUUUUGCAAGAAUUAAUUGAAAAGCAGUUAUAAUUGUAUGAAACAGAGGCUGUACUGUCUGAUUACAACAUCCAGUGCUUUUCCAGUACUGAAUUUCAUUAUGUUGCAGAGUACUUACAUAUUUGAGGACUGUCUGAACAGCAUUACGUGCAGGUAAAAUAACUGAGUGCAUAAAUGUUUUGCAGAACAUUUUGCAGUUUCCUACCUGUACGAUUUUAGUGAUAGUUCAUUCAACGUUUGUUAUAUUUAUUUCCUGGAUAAAACCUAGGCUUGAGAGCAACAAAUGUCUCUUGCAUUUUUUGCAGCGUUUGACUUAUAACCUCCAUAAUGAUGCCACAUGGCCAUUGAAACAUGUAUUUGUGCCUUUUUUAACUUCCACAGCGCUAUCCAGCUAACCAUGAAACCAAGUACUUAAUACCUGUGGAGUGUUCAGCUACCAAAAUUAUAAAAAUAUGUAUACAGGGUUCUCACUGCCACUAAAAUAUUUAAGGUGUACAUUCAGAGGAAUGCGAAUAAUUAGAAUCAGAAAUAUGUUUCUGAUGUCUUGUUAAAGGUGGAAAAGUCUUCCAUUUUUUUCCAUUUCUUAGCUAUUGCUCUGUGGGUUUAUGUUUGAAAAUUUAAUUAUUACAGUGUUGAAAAUCCUCUUUUAUUUAUUGUAUUUUUUUCUUGGAGAUACUAAGUUUGGUCAGUAAUAAAAACAUGAAAAUGAUGUGUAUGUUUAAAUACUGACUGAAUUGUUCAGAAUUUGGUUGAGCUUUUCUGUAAAACAUUUUUUAAAGUUUGCAAAAUAUUUUGUUUGUGAUGUUUUAUAUUGUGUGUUUCAUUAUAUCACCAUUUAGAGUAGAAUUUAUAAGUCUUCAUUUUAGCAGAUUGUGUUUUAAUGUGUUUUCAAGGCUUGAAUCUACAGUAAAAAAUGUAGAAGCACUAAGAUGGCAUGAACUUGCAAGCUAUCAGUAUUCUGAAUUUUGUUUUAAGGCAGUUUUACAUAUAUAAUAAACACUAACUGACCAACUUA